AGUUGCUCUUGCUCUCACCCAGCCCCUCUGUGGGGGCUCCUGCCCAAGAUAAAAGAGGAGGGAGGUGUCCCAGUCUCCUAUCUCAUCUCUCAUGAGCUGGUUGCAUCUGUAUCUCUUGGUUCCUUCUUAAGUGCGUCUUCUCUGAAGAUCCCAAUAAGACAACAUGCCUCCCAAGAAGCCUGAACCUAAGAAGGAUACAGGCAAGCCAGCCCCAGCUGCUGCCCCAACUUCUGCCCCAGCCUCAGCUCCUGAACUCCUCAAGGAACCGGCCUUUGACCCCAAGAGUGUAAAGAUAGACUUCUCUGCUGACCAGAUCGAAGAAUUUAAAGAGGCCUUUUCAUUGUUUGACCGGACCCCAACUGGAGAGAUGAAGAUAACCUACGCACAGUGUGGGGAUGUGCUGCGGGCCCUGGGCCAGAAUCCCACCAAUGCCGAGGUGCUGCGUGUCCUGGGCAAGCCCAAGCCUGAAGAGAUGAAUGCCAAGAUGCUGGACUUUGAGACAUUCCUGCCCAUCCUGCAGCACAUUUCCCGCAACAAGGAGCAGGGCACUUAUGAGGACUUUGUAGAGGGCCUGCGUGUCUUCGACAAGGAGAGCAAUGGCACAGUCAUGGGUGCUGAACUUCGGCAUGUCCUUGCCACCCUGGGAGAGAAGAUGACCGAGGCUGAAGUGGAGCAACUGCUGUCUGGGCAGGAGGAUGCCAAUGGCUGCAUCAAUUACGAAGCCUUUGUCAAGCACAUUAUGUCUGGGUGAAGACGCUUCCUAUAGGAGUCUGUCAGGCCUGGGACCCCUGUACGGCUCUUGGGCAUGAAAAAGCCACAUCUCCAGUGGAAGAGAGAAAGUGUCAAGAGUCUACGCUUCUACACUGUUCUUUACUUCAUUCCUUGGGCUCCCCUGGGUGAGGUGGGGCUGGGGUUGGAUGUAGAAGGGUGACAUGCCCUUUCCAUGUAGUGCUUUCUUUCAGGUGCCUGGCCCUUGGCCCUAGCCACCCCAGGAUGAGCUAUCUAGAGGCCCACAGUGACUGAGAUGGAGCCCUGGACCAGCCCGAGGACCUUGUAACACAUAACCCUUCCUGUAAAUAAAUAGCUCUGGCA